AUGCAACCUCACCUGAUACUUGUCGUGAACGUCGAUCAGGAUGAGAUCGCCUGGGGUGUGGUGACCUUGGCCUACUUGUAUUGGCAGCUCGGAAUGGCAUCUAGGGCUGGUUGCAAGACCAUUGCGGGUUGCCUCAUAUUGCUCCAGACAUGGAUCUAUGAGUACUUUCCCGCUUUUCGCCCUCAUCCUCACCGAGAAGACGUGCCAAUCAAGACUAGGGCGAAGAUGUGGACAACGAAGAAACCAUUUCGUGAGGUGGACAGGCUGAGGGACUGCCGCAGUGUACUUGACUCCAUGACGGAAACUCAGGUGGAAUGGACUCCGUACGUUUCUGCUCCUAGGGCGUUGCUGAAUGAGCACCCACCCACCACCUUCAUCGGUGGUAUCACUUGCUUUGAUAUCGUCGAGGUGUAUUUGCUGGAGCAGACAGUACGACAGGUCGGCUUUGUGCAGGCUAUUCCCCCCUCCUAUGAGACCAGCGAAGGCUGUGCGACCGGCACACGGUUCCCCUUUAGUGCCCGCAUUGGUGAGCAUGCACUUCGUCGGGCAUCUGUUCCAUCAGAGACUGAAUCUAGUUACGUUGACUGGUUCAGAGUGUACUCGCACCCGUUCUUAGCCCUCGACGAAGGACCGAUUGCCGGUCCUGGUCCUUCUCAGAGCAGAGCUGAAUACUCGAUUCGCUCCAUUGGCGAGACUACCUCCUCUCGCGCAAAUGAACCCCCGGGAAUGACAUGCCUUAGAAUUAUACCUUAA